AGAGACUUUCCAAGCAGUUGGGGCACACCACGGGUGUGCCCCUCGGCGGCCCUUUAGGGCCCAUUCAGCGGCACGUUUGCACUUGAGGUCCUUGCACCUUCCCGCUGCACCCCAGCGGGCUGAGUGACUACACCUAUGUUUGGUCAGGCCCCCCAAGGAGGCUUUGGAGGCUUCGGCAACACUGGUGGCGGCCUUUUUGGUGCCAACACUGGUGGGGGCAUGUUUGGAGCCAACAGUGGCGGUGGCAUGUUUGGGAACACUGGAGGUGGCCUCUUUGGUGGAGGGCAGAGCAGCCCAUUUGGGAGCACCGGUGGCGGAAUGUUUGGAGCACAGCCCAACUCUGGCGGCAUCUUCGGAGGCCAAGGCGCUCAAGGCGCACAAGGUGGCCUCUUCGGGGGCUUUGGGCAAAGCCAGGCUUCAGGAGGAUUAUUUGGGCAACAGCCAGCACCAGCAGGUGGCUUGUUUGGCCAGAGUUCCGGUGGUGGCCUCUUUGGUGGCCAAGCAAGUUCUGGAGGUCUCUUUGGGCAACCUAUGCAGCCUGCUCAAGGUGGCAUGUUUGGAGGUGGUGGCUUUGGGGGUGCACCUGGAACAACCACCAAAAUGCAGGAUAUUAUUGAUCAGGAAACUAAAUUAAAGUAUGCACACAUUGGCGUCAUGGACUGCUACAAGAACAAGUCCUUUGAGGAGCUACGCAUGGAGGACUACCAAGCCAACCGUUUACAAGCAGGCCAAGGAGCUCAGGCAGCUCCAAGUGCUUCGGGCGGCUUGUUUGGCCAGAGCUCCAGCCCUUUUGGAGCCCAGUCCUCUGGAGGUCUAUUUGGAGGAGGCGGCCUCUUCGGUCAGACCGGUGGGGGCUUGUUUGGUCAGAGUUCAGGAGGUGGUCUUUUUGGCCAGAGCAGCAGCGGAGGUUUGUUCGGAGCAAACACAGGUGGUGGGCUAUUUGGCCAGAACACCGGAGGCGGCAUGUUCGGAGGCAACACUGGCGGUGGCCUUUUCGGCCAAAACACAGGCGGCGGGCUAUUCGGCCAGUCCAGCGGCGGUGGCCUGUUUGGUGCAAACACGGGAGGUAGCAUGUUCGGUCAGAACACAGGUGGAGGGCUCUUUGGCAAUACAGGGGGGGGAGGCCUCUUUGGUGGGCAGAACGCAGGUGGAGGAUUAUUCGGACAGAACUCAGGUGGGGGUUUGUUUGGAGCAAAUGCCGGUGGUGGCCUCUUCGGAGCAAACACAGGUGGGGGCGGCCUUUUCGGAGGGAACAGCGGAGGCUUUGGACAGACAGGGGGUGGCCUCUUUGCUCAAAGCAGUGGUGGUUUAUUUGGCGCAAGACCUCAGAGUGGCGGUCUAUUUGGUGCAAGUUCUGGUGGCGGCCUGUUUGGUGGCAGUGGUGGCGGACUUUUCGGCAACACUGGUGGAGGACUAUUUGGCCAAAACACUGGAGGAGGACUUUUUGGCCAGAACAGUGGUGGAGGCCUGUUUGGUGCGAACGCCGGAGGAGGACUCUUCGGUCAAAACAGCGGUGGUGGCCUUUUCGGACAGAGCAGUGGUGGAGGACUGUUUGGCAGCAACACUGGCGGAGGCUUAUUGGGAAACACAGGUGGUGGCAUGUUUGGAGGUAACUCGGGUGGGUUAUUUGGAAACAGUGGCGGUGGAGGCUUGUUUGGAAAUUCAGGGGGGGGUCUUUUCGGAAAGACAAGUGGAGGAGGAUUGUUCGGUGCUAGUUCCACCGGCGGCCUUUUCGGCGCAACUGGCGGAGGGUUGUUUGGAAACACUGGUGGUGGGCUCUUCGGCGCCAGCCAAGGAGGCCUUUUCGGGAAUGCCCAGGGAGGGCUUGGCAACUCCACAGGGCUGUUUAUGAACUCCGGUGGGGGGCUUUUUGGCGCCAGUGCUGGCGGGAUGUUGGGUGGUUCAGGAGGUCUUUUCGGAAAUCCGCAGAUGCCUCUUGGCACGGGCGCGAUGUCGCCCGGUGACCCAUAUGGUUUGAGCGGGUUGGUGACAGCUAACCAAACUCCUCCACGGCCGCUGGGAUUGACAGUGCCAAAGACGCCAUCAAAAGCAACUUCUGCAUAUCUGUGGAAGUCGCAGCCUGAAUCAGCAGCCAGGGUGCAUCAUUCAACGCCUUCCCGUUCAACCUCGGAGGGCUCUAUUGCGGAGCGAUCGCCGCGCAGCGCAUCUUUCAGUCUUCCGCCCUCUGCCAUGACUGACCACAUUCGCUCCUAUGGGAGCUCCACACCACGGAGCCGACCAGCAACCCCAACAUCAGGGCCAGAUGUUUCACCAUCGGCAUUCUUGCGGGUUUCUAUGAAGCCGAAGUCGCCCAAGUCGCCCACACCAAUGUCACCAAGACGCUCGCCAGAGGAGGGCCUACCGCCGCUAAGGCGGCCGCGCGACUUGGUGGAUGGGACCACUGGUGGAACUGGCACACCAACGGCAGCAAAGGUCAUGACACCGACCAUGAAGCCGAUCAAGCCCAAUAUCAUCAGACAUGGUCCUGAGAGGGCGUUGGAAGAUGCUCUUCCGUCCGCGGACUUGGCAGCACCUUCGCUUGUUCCAAAACUGAGCCGCGCAGACUACUACAGCAAUCCAUCGGUCGAAGCAAUGUCAAGAAUGACGGAAUCGCAGUUGAGCCGAAUUGACAAUCUGGAAAUUGGGCGCUAUGGCUAUGGUGCAGUCAAAUGGCCAGGACUCACCGAUGUGAGGUGUCAUGACUUCGACCGGGAUGUCCGAAUUGAACGUGGCAGCCUGACAUUGUACCCUGAUAGGGAGAAACCCGAGCUUGGCCAUGGGCUGAACAAAGAAGCCGUUGUGACAUUGCACGUGAAGCCUACGAGGAAUGAUGUGAAACCCAAAAGCCUUGAACAGCUUCAGUCUCGGCUGUCAAAGCUGUCAGAGGAGUUUGGUGGCAAGUUCAUCUCCUAUGACAUGGAAAAGUGGAUCUUCAGGGUUCCACAUUUCAAUCGUUGAGUUCGUGCCUUUGUUCAGCAGACCUUGAGAAAAACAA